CGUACUCAAAAAAACUCCGACAACACCCGAAAAUUUCUACCGAUAUACAUGGUAGUAAUUUUUUACCAAAACCAAUAGCCGCAGAGAUGAAAAUGAACGCCAUAAUUUAUUAUUUUUUGAAUGAAUUGAGUGGAAAACAGUAAAGAUGUAAAAUGUAAUACGAUUCAUAGAGAAGAAGAAUAAAUAUCAAAUUCAGCACACAUGUAUCUCGAAAGAUUGUUGUUACUUACUGAUGUAGUAUUUUGGAUUUGAUACAAUAUAAAAGCUCAUAAAAAAUACAUAACUAAAAAUAAAAAUUCCUCCAUCUGUGGACUAAGGUGAUUGCAAUAUUGGCCAGGGUCGAAAAUAUUUUUAACUUCAAGCAUAAAUUAGUGACAAAAACAGCAAACAUUAGCGUCUUUUUAAGCUCCAGCACAUUUUUUAUGUGCCCAACUAUCACACAUUAAACACUAGACACAUAAUUCACCUUUUGUUUCGUCUUUGAAAUUACCAUGCAUACCUCAUCUUCAUCGUCUGGAAUGCCACAAAUUUCUUCCAUGUCGUUAUCCUCAUCAGCUGUAAAGAAAUCAUCCAAAUCUUCCUAAUCCUCCCCUUCUUCCAACCGAGCAGUUUUUCCUUAGGCGCUGGCAUCUUUUGGACUUUUUUUUCCAUUUGUAGUUGUUAUUUCUAGUUUCCGUUUUCCCUGGUUACUUAUAUUUUGUAUUGAUGUUUCCAAUUCCAUUUUGUAAGGAGAGGAGCUUCCUUCCUUUUCUCAAUGUUGGUAAUGGCGAUAUGUCGAAAGGAGAUACGAAAUUUUUCAAGGGUCCUGCUUUAUUCUUUGAAAUACACUCAGUUGCACCAGCUUCCUUUGACCUUCCUGUCAAAUUUGCUACAAAUUGAGGUCCAGUGUCAUUCGAUCAGCCUGGUUGAGACUUAUUGUCCAGGACUUCUUCCAGUGAUUCAUUUAAAACAACAGAGCCUGCAGGUGUUGAGUUGCAUGAAGUGUUGUAGGAUUCUUAUGCUUCAGUUACGAUUAAAUGGAAAAAUACUCUGAUCCAUUUGAUGCUGUAGUUUGGGAUUUUCAAAAUGCUUUCCCCACUAAUUCGGCUUGACCAAAUUGAGAAAUGGUCGUUAGAUUUUCACGUAUCCAGCACCUGAUCUCCUCGCUAUAAUAAGCCUUGAAGCUACUCAUUGUCUAAAGGCUGUAAAGGAUGUGAUAGGAGAGAAAUGAUGGAGAUGUGAUUAUCUCUGGCUAGCCUUAUCACAUCUAUGUUCCGAGUAUGACUGUAGUGUCCGUCUAGUACCAACAAUACCGGAUAAUCAGCGGCUGGUUUUACGAAGUCUAUAAAGUGCCUCAUCCACUCGGUAAAUAGGUUUUGUUGCAGCUGAUGUAAGCGAUGCUAUUUGUCUUUUUUCCUUUUCUGUUAAUAACUUCCACAACUUUGCUUUGAACAAUUGAACAUUGAAGAUUCGAUAAGGUGUCGUAUUCAGCUUCCAAAAGGUUGAAAAACUCUUGUACAUUGAUUUUAUUGAAUCGUAGCAAACUAUCAAAAGACGUGCCGGUUGGUCUUCGCGUUGACAAAAGAUUUCAGUGACGGUGUAAAAAUCCAUCCAACCAAGAGCUACACCAGCUUUGAAAGGAUGCUGAAUUAUGAUUCUUAGAGCUAAAUUAUAAGCCAUUCUUUGAACAUGUAAGUCCGUAAUACUUUGCUUCCAUGAUGAAGAUCUACUUGGCCAAUUAAGUUUCUAUUUCUUUUCUUAAAAUAGUUUUGCUCCCAAAUUUAGUUUAGUUGUUCAGGCUCCAAGUUUUCAUUUCGUAAAAACAUUUGUAAUGUCUAUCUGGGAAUUCGAUAAUUUCCAGCAGCGGCUCAAAUGCCAACUGUUUGAUUUCUGACUGCUUCUUUUGCAUUCAGCCCAAGCCUUUUUCACAUUAUUACUUUUAUGUUUUGGCUGUUUUCUAGACAUCGCAACAGAAAAGAAAAUCAAUUCUAAUCAACUUAGAAUCAAUUGAGGUCUAUGGCAAUUGGAGUUUUAUGUUAUUUAUGGUUGAGUGGAGAUAUUCUUGCAAUUUGCAUCAUAAUUUGUACUAUUUUUACUCAUUUCGAUUGGCAAAAAUGUCAAUCGAAACAGUGAUUUUUUUUACCUAGUGGAUUAUAUCAAAUUUUGCCGGUAGUUCGAUUGUUUUUGCAAAUGCAGUUGAACAGUAAAGACUCUAACUCCCGAAAUGUUGAGCUUUCGAGGAGAUACAGCAGUUUCUUUAUCAGCCGGGGACGUAAGUUCCCUUAGACUCUACGUGGCGCGAAAACUUUUUAGUAAGAUGCGACCCCGAAGUUUGAGCGCAUUUUAAAAAGAAAGGACAGCUCUUAGGGAAAAAUUACAAGGAAACUUUUUUGUAGAAAAGGUCUUAAACUACAUUUUUGGUCCCUUUACUUUUUCCGAAAUUUGGCUUAGAUUUCGAGUUAUUUGUAAAAUUUGGAAUUUUGAAAAUUUAAAUAAAAAUAUAUCGGUUAGCGGUAUCGAUAAAGCACCUAAAUCCAGAAAAUCAGCGACAUAACUAAUUUUUGUGGAUCAGGCGCAGUGAUUUUACUGAACUAGUGGCAGUUCAGCAAUCAAACUAGACAGUAAGAGUAAUUUAACGUAUAUUCGGAGGAUGGCGCUCCCAGUCUUCCAAAAUUUUUGGGGUGUCCCAUAUUAGCAACGGGACCCAAAAAAUACCCGAAGUUAAUCCUUUUGUGAGAGCAGGACAUUUUCAAGUUUGUAGCUUUAAUGAAAUUUUAGAAAAAAAAUAAAAACUCAAUUUUAGUCAUCACCUUUUAAGGGUGAUAUCUCGGAAAAGUGUGGGCCGAGGAAAUUUUGUUAUAGGAGAGACUAAAUCCAUACGUGUAAUCACCUCCUAAAUUUUGUCGCAUGAUUUUUGUAACACUCUGUAUAUUGUCAUAUAUACUGUAUAUCAAGAAAACUAAUUUUAUUAUUUUGUUCGAUUUCGAUUGUGAGUUGAAGUUGAGAAUUGAAUUUUUGAUUUACGUCUUUUAUUCCAUUUUCUGGUACAGCAGUAACGUAAUCAUCUACACAAUGGAAAAAUAUUUAUGUAUAAAAAACUGUCCGCUUGUAGACGGUAAAUUCUAAUUCAAAAUGACUAGAAUGGCGCUCCUGUAGGUCGAGAUAUCAUAUAAACUUAGUUAUUUUAGAUAGAGUGAAGUAUUGGUGUACAAAAUCUAAACUAUUCAUUAGUCCAAAAUAAGUUUUUGAAUAUAACCUAGAAAAGCUACCGUGAGAUAAAGCUGAAUGUUAAUUUAUUAUUGUGAAUUUGUAAGAAUUUUUUUGCAAGUAAUUAUAAAGUGUAAAUCAUCACAAAACUUUGAAUCACAAUGGGAAAAAUUUGCUCAGUGAAAAGUUGUCCGAGUGGACUUAGAAUGAAAAGUAACUCAAGUAGUACACCGAAAUCAUUUUCUUUCUUUGAACCUACAGUAUGUAAAACAUUUGUUUUUAGAAAUAUUUUUUAAUUAAACAUUUACAAAUUCUUUCCUUCAUUAACGUAAAGGAUUUGAUGGACACUUUCUGUAGCACGAAGAUGGUUUCCUCAAGAUCUUUCAUUACUAAUUGUGCUAUAAUACUUAAAAUUGAUGAUCUAUUGAUUAAUAUAAUAAUUGUCAUGUCAAAUCAUAUUUUUACGUGUUUAUUCAAACUAAAUUUCUCUAAAAAAAAACCUAAAAUCAGGUCUAUUUAUCAAAAAAAAGUAUAAAAAGUUAAAAACAUUUAUAUUCGUAGUUUUUUUGCGGCAGUCGGUCCAAAAAUUAACAUGACAAAGCUUGCGUUAUAUUCAAACACACAUGAUAUAAUAUAUUAUCAUUUUAAUCUUAUCAUUAUCUAUAUUUCUCAACAUGUAUUUUUUAUAUAUUCUUGACAUUAGGUGAAAAAUUUAUCAUUAAAUCAAUAGAAAUAAUCAAUUUGUGAAUUAUCUCCUGUGAUUUGAUGUGUUGGCAACUAAUCAUUCACAGUAUUGUCAGAAAAGUGAUACGAAUAUAUAUUUAAACGUAUUCAACGCCCAUCGCGUGCCAGAUUCAUGUUCUAGUUUAAGGUAAUAAUUUUAUGACUAAUUUUAUUUAUUGUUAAUUUUAAUUAACCAGGUAUAUCAAGUAUAUGUAGUUUUAUUGAUAUAUAGUUUUGACAAUUAGUUUAUUGACAUUUGUAUUUAAACUAUUUAAAAUCUAAUUUAUAAUUAUUUAGCUUGAGCAUAAAAAUCACGAGAACCAAGUUCCUAUAAAAUUUUGUUGAAGAUCCCCAGAAAUAACAGUAUUAGCUAGUGAUGCGUUUCCUUCCGUUGAUAGAUUGAUGCUCUACGCGAAAUAAAAGGUCUUAAUGUCCUGGAACGAAACGUAUUUCCUGUUGAGGUUUGUUUAUAGUUUUUACUAUCAUACCUUAACAAGAAAUUUGUGAAACUAAUACAACCGGCAAGCUGAUAAGUAAUGGAUUCUCCCUGAAAAUGCCUCCGCGACUAUCGGCGCGCAGGCUCUUUCUAAUAAUUCUCUUAUUCUUUAGCGUUUCGAUUCUGAUAUCGAUACAUCAUCGAUUUUCGUGGAUUCGAGUAGGUACAGGUUCCGAUUUGCAGAACAAUGAAGACGAUUCAGAUACAGUUGGCAUCGAGCCGUUUGUAUCCGCUUCAAAUCACUUGGAUCUAUCGGCGGAAAUCGGUAAUGAAGAAGAUUCUACUUCAAGAGGGAAUCAAGGCAAGCCCUGGUUCAUGAAAGGCGGUACUGAUUUUCCUGGAAAUAAUAGAGGACCUCUUAGAUUAUUUCCAGAUCAAGCUGAUGGAGAUCGAAUUGUAGAGCAGCUGAUGUACGUGCCAGAAGAUUAUCAAGGAUUUGAUACGCCGGAGAAAGUUAUAUUGGCUUACAACGGUUUGGGUGCGUGGGGUCAGAAGUCGGGACCAGCCUCUUUUCUUGGUUGUCCAGUGAGCAGAUGUACGUUAACUGAUGAUCGAAGUAAAGCAACUGUUGCGGAUGCCAUUUUAUAUAAAGAUCAUUUUAUACACCCAGGUGUCAACCGACCUAUGAAACAGAUAUGGAUCAUAUACUUUUUGGAAUGUCCGUAUCAUACGCAAGGUGUGAAAUUUCCCGAUAUCAUCAAUUGGACCGCCACUUAUAGGCGAGACAGUGAUAUUGUAGCCCCUUACGAAAGGUGGACAUAUUAUGACCCACAGGUUCGACAAAAAGUCCAAAAUAAAGAUUAUACUGUUAAUAAAACAAAAAAAGUAGCAUGGUUCGUAUCGAACUGCGGAGCCCGUAACGGCCGCUUAUCGUAUGCCAAAGAGCUUGGUAAAUAUAUUUCAGUAGAUAUUUAUGGUACAUGCGGACCACUUAAGUGUCCUAGAUCAGAUAAAAAAUGUUUUGAGAUAUUAGAGAAAGAGUAUAAAUUUUAUUUGGCAUUUGAGAAUUCUAAUUGUCGAGAUUACAUAACAGAAAAAUUUUAUGUAAACGGAUUGGGACAAAAUGUUCUUCCUAUUGUUAUGGGAGCUAGACCUGAAGAUUACCAAAGAAGUGCACCAGAAGGUUCCUAUAUUCACGUAGAUGAAUUCGCCGGACCCCAAGAAUUAGCAGCUUACCUCCACAGACUUGAUAAUGAUAACAAUCUGUACAAUUCUUACUUUAAAUGGAAAGGUACGGGAGAAUUUAUUAACACAUUUUUUUGGUGUCGCUUGUGCGCAAUGAUGCACGCGCCUCAAUCAUCACAAAGACACUAUGAAGACAUUAAUGAUUGGUGGAGAGGCCCCGGAGUAUGUACAACUAAAUCUUGGAGGAACGCGGAGUUUGUUUAGAUGCCUGUCUGAAGUUUUAGCUCAUUAAAAUGUCAGUGCUAUUAUAAUUGUGAUAGAACAAUUAUUAACAAGUCCUCUUAUAUUGAUAAAUGUAAUUUCUUUUUCUUUUUAUAUAUUCCUUUCUUUUUCCCUCUUUUUGUAAUUUUUUUUCUCUUAAACAUAUACUAAGAAUUUAAAUUGCGUUAUCUUAUUGGUGACAUUAUGCUGCAACAAAUAUAUACUAGGACAAGUUAAUGAAAAGAUCUACUACUUCAUAUUAGUAAAUAUAUUUUUAAGUAUGUGUGACAUAUUUAGAACUUUGACAUGUUAAUCAUUUUUCACUAUCAUACUCUAUCUUCAAUUGAAUUUUUAAGGAUCUAAAACUUUGGACAUUUUUUAAGUACUUACACACAAUUUUAUAGGUUAUAUAAUUUAUUAUUGCCGUUUUUGUUGAUUGUAUUGUAUAUUAUUGACAAUGAUUCAUUAAGUUUUUAUUA